AUGGAAACACAACAAUUUUCUAAGAUUAUUGAUACUAUUCCUAUCUUUUCUGGUACUCCUCGUGAGAAUGUUCAUGAAUGGCUGGAACUUGUCAAUUUGAAGUUUGACAUGAUUGGUUAUAAUGCUGUUCAAAAACGUCGUUUUGUCCCUCAAUAUCUCUCUGGUGACGCUCCUAAAUGGCAUUUAUCUCAUCGUGAUCAACUUGACGGUUGGGAUGCCUAUGUUGUUGCUCUUGUCGCUGCCUUUCCUUAUGUUGAAACUACGUCUCGUGAUAUGAAUCUAAAGAUGCUUCGCGAUCGCAAACAAGGUGUCCUCGAAUCUUUUACUGUUAGCGUUUGUGAUGAAUCACACAACGCUAGACUAGAGAUUAAGAUGGUCCUUCUAGUCUAA